UCCAAAUUCUGAAAAUUGUCUACCGGCUUGAAGUCAGAAAACACCUUUUAUUUAUGUAAGUUUUAACUUCCACUUUACAAACUCGUUGAGUUACAACUGCAUCUUGCUCGCCCAUGACUGUGUAACUGUCUCAGCCGUGACGCUUCUGUGGAUAUCCCAAAAUGGAAGAAGUUGAGAGUGAGUGCGAUUUGAGAACGAGAACAUUGGAUGUGACACUGCAGGGUGGAGCACCGUGGGGAUUCUCCGUGAAAGGUGGUUCGGAACACCGGUGUCCGCUCACUAUUGCUAGGAUUGAGCCAGAAGGGAAGGCCAGCCAAUCAGGAGUCCUCCAAGUCGAUGACAUCAUCUUGAGCAUUAACAACGAGGAAUGUGAAUCGCACACAGAGGCAAUCCAACUUGUCAAGGGUUCCCCUAGCAACUUGAAACUCAUCAUCCAAAGGUAGGUCACAUUGUUUGUUUUCUGUCUGUCUAUCUGUCUGUCUGUC